GUGUUGUGUGUGAAAGUGCGUGUGUUUGUAUGCUUAGCCAAAAGCGUCCGAUUUUUCACGCAUACUUAGCCAAAAGUAUCCGACGGAGCUUGUAGGCAAACGCGUAUGACGUCAGAAGUUUCCCAUCUCCUUUGGGUAUCUCGUUCCAUUUUGACAUAAGCCCAUGCGCGCAUAUGCCUUAUUAUAGUUGGGCCUUAAACAUGUGUGCGUGAUUCUCAUUUUGAUUCUGCCUCAAAAUUCGGAAUCGAUUUUCUCUUCUUUUUAGAAUUAGAACUGUCAUUGAGUGCCAAACGAAUAGUUUCAGAGUCGUUCGAAUGAAAUCCGGAGAGUGCCAAACACCGAAAAGAAUAACACCAACACAGUGAUAAAAAAAUUAAUUAUAAAUUGUCAAUUGUGUUCCAUUAGCCAUGGAAAAAAUCAAUUAUUCUUUAGAAAUCUCUAUUUUUUUCGUUAUUUGCCAGAUAUUCUUAAUUAAGUGCACAAAAAAUAUGUUGACCCACCCUAAUGGUUUUCGUUUUUUCUCCUCAGAAUAUUACGAACAACACAAAUUUGCAGAAACAUGAACUUGCCUUAACAAAUGUUAUGACUUUUCUUCUGCAACAUAAAAAAAAUGUCAUAUCAGAAAAACAUAAAACAUAAAUAAAUGCAAAAAUUCAUUAAAAUGGAACAAUUUGAGAGUUUACAAAGUUUUAAUAUUUAUUCAACCUGCAGGACAUGUCUUGAAAAUGUUAACACACAAAUGCACUAUGAUAUAUUUGCAAAAUCAGAUCUUCAAUUGAAACUAAUCAAAUGUAUAUCAUUGCCAGUGGAACCAGGCGAUGGAUUCCCAUUAGCUUUAUGUGAAUCAUGUUACACAAAAAUUAAUGAAUUUUAUAUCUUUCAACAAAUGUGUAUAUUAACUAGAAAGAUAUUUCAGGAAUUUCUAAAUUCGGAAAGAAAACCUUGUAUUGAUUCAAUCCAUUUACCGUCGACUGAUUCGACGAUGUUGAUUCAAGUUAAAAAUGAGAAUGAAAAGGUAGAUUAUAGACCCUUUGAUCAUUGUUCAGAACUCACUAACGAACAAGUUUCAAUAAAAGUUAAGGAACAAAUCGAAAACUUAUCAAACGAAGAAGAACUAGAUCAAAAUCUAGAAAUUAAAAGAAACACCCAAUCAAAAUCCGACAUUAAUCUAAGCAAUAAACCGUCUUAUGAUUUAAUGAUGGUUACAGAAACUAGAAAUCAAAACGAUGAUAAUAGUUCCAUAUCAGUUGAUGAAUUUUCACAACUGGUUAAGGAAGAAUUUUCACUUGAUGUGAAAGUUCAAGAAAGAUUCUCUUCAAAUGAAGAUGAAUCAAACCAAAAAACUAUAAAUGAGAUUUCUAGCAAUGAUGGCGAAGGAAUCCUUGAAAAAUCCACUGAGACUAUAGUAAAACCUAUCAAGGCAACUCGUAAAAGGAAACCCGAGUGUAAAAUCUGCAAAAAACGCUUUAGAAUGGUUGAGAAACUUGAGAUACAUAUGCGCCAGCAUCAAGGACUCAAACCAUUUCCUUGCCUUUUUUGUAAAAAAACAUAUUCUCGACGAGAUACACUUAAAUAUCAUAUGCACGAUAAACACAAGUUAAAACUAACUUCCACUGAAGUUGAUUCCAAUAUUAAUCCAAGCAAUGUUCCAAAGGACGAUAAUGGGAAAAUCGAUGAAGAAGUAUAUCCUAUUUUUCUUGAUCAAUUUCCAGAGCUUGAUAAGAGAGAAAAAAUUGACUAUCCAUCAAAUGAUAAAAAAUCAGAAGAUAGUCUAGAGAUUUCCUCAGAAGACCUUUUCAAUCGAAUACACAAAAUGAAAAAAACAACCAACACUUUGGUAAGAGCUGCUUUUGAAAAAGAUAAAUUCAAUUUGGAAUGUGAAAUCUGUAAGCAAUGCUUUAAAAAACCCGAUAAACUAGAAAGGCAUCUGCGUUUUCACAAAGGACUUGCACCAUUUCCAUGUCAGUUGUGUCAUAAAGCUUAUUCACGAAAAAAUCGACUCACUUUGCAUAUACGAGAAAAACAUUCUGGAAAUAACUCUCAGAAAAAAGAGGAUUCAAAUGACCAGGAAUCAGAAAAAAGUCAACCAUGUAAGAUAAAUGAAGAGGAGAACUCAGGAGAGUUAAUAAUGUCAACGAAAGUUAAAAAGGAAAAUUUAGAGGAGAAUCUUAUAAUUCCUGAUCAAUAUUCCGAACUUGUUAAAAUAGAACUAUCAAUUAAUGAGAAUGAUCAAAUGGAAUUCUCAGAAGGCGAAGAAAGUCAACAAUCUUCGAAUUUCAACAAUGAUUGCGAUAAAAUAGCAGAAACUGAAGAAACCGCUGAUACUGUAGAAAUAUCGGACAAAAAAUCAGAUUUCCAACGUAGCACCCGACCUUACAAACAAAGAAAACCUAGAAAAUCUUUUGUAUGUGAACAAUGUGGUAAAGUUUUGGCAACCGUAAAUACCCUCAAAAAUCAUCUCUACUUGCACACUAAUCAAGAACUACCUCACGAGUGUCCACAAUGUCAGAAAAGAUAUAUAACAAAAAGUCUACUCAGACGACACUUGGACCGUAACGUUUGUAUAAACUACAUCUGUCCAUAUUGUGGAGUUAAACAAAAAUCACAAAAAGACUUAAAAAGACACAUGAUAACUCACAGUAAGGAUAAAAAGUAUCCAUGUCGGUUGUGUGAUUUGGUAUUUUAUAGUUAUGGCAAAAUUAAUAAACACAUGCAGACAGUUCAUGAGAUCAACAAGGAUUUUACAUGUUUGUAUUGUGGCAAGUCAUUUAGUACAGCAGAGGCGAGAAAGCAUCAUGAAAUCAUUCAUACUGGAGAAAAGCCGUUUGGGUGUGUUAUUUGUCAUAAAAAAUUCAGCCGAAUUGCUACUCUUCGAAGACAUCAAAAAGUUCAUGGGAGAGUAAAAAAGUAAAAUUCUUGAACGACAGCGAGAAUAGGAAUAAAUAACUAUUUAAUUUAACUAUUUAUUUAUAUUUAAAUACAAAUUAGACCUAAGAAAUCAGUUGUGCAACUAGACUUAAUUAUAGAAUCAAAUAUUUAUUUCAAUGUUUAAUUUAUAAAAAAAUAAAAUAUGCACUUUAUAAAAACUA